UGAAAGUGUGCUAAAACUAUUACAAAGUUGGAGCUAAGCAUGCAUCGCAGAUUCCGACUACCAUCCCUGCAAAUCCAUAGUUUAUUGUCUUUGCAUUCCUCGGUUCACACACCAUUCAUUUCACGGAAAUUUCUUGUAUUUUCUGUCUCAAUUCAGCACUAUCAUCAGAUUAAUCCAAGUAAUUUCACUAACAAUCACAAACCCACCAAACAAUUACUGCAAAACGCGCCUGGAAACACCACCACUGACAAUGAAGCGCUUAACAUUCAAACCCUCUUAAAGAUUCAUUGUCAGGAGCCUAUUGAAGGAAUUGGGCAGCGGCUCGACGAAUGCAAUCUCUCGUUGUCAGAAGACUUGAUUCUCAAUGUGCUCAAACGGCACCGAUCGGACUGGAAACCAGCUUACGCAUUCUUCAUCUGGGUUUGCAGAACCAAGAGAUUAAUUGGAUUUUUGCCGGGUACUACCAUCUACAAUGAAAUUCUUGAUAUUCUUGGGCGAAUGAAAAGGUUUAAGGAAUUCCUGCAAGUGCUCGACGAAAUGUCGAGGAGAAAAAAUUUGAUAAAUGAGCGCACUUAUGGCAUUGUGGUAAGCAGAUUUUCGGCGGCGCAUAAAGUUGAUGAAGCGAUUGAGUUUUUCAACAAGAUAGAAGAUUUUGGACUCGAACGCAACUUGGUUGCAUUUCAAACGCUUUUGUUGUCGCUUUGCCGGUAUAAGCACGUGGAGGAAGCCGAGGUCUUGUUCCGCAAUAAGAAAAGUGAAUUUAGAGAUGAUAUCAAGACGUGGAAUAUCAUUCUUAACGGAUGGUGUGUGCUGCGUAGUUUACCUGAUGCGAAGAGGUUUUGGAAGGAUAUCAUUGCAUCAGAGUGCCAGCCGGAUAAAUUUACCUAUGGGAUUUUCAUUAACUCAUUGAGCAAGUCUGGGAAAAUCAGCACUGCAGUGAAGCUGCUGAGGACAAUGUGGGAGAAAGGUUGCAGGCCGGAUGUGGCUAUUUGCAAUACCGUCAUUGAUGGAUUGUGUUUCAAGAAGAGGAUUCCUGAGGCUCUUCAGAUUUUCAGUGUGAUGAAUGAGAGGGAUUGUUCACCAAAUGUUGCUACUUAUAAUUCGCUUAUCAAGCAUUUGUGUAAGAUUCGGAGGAUGGAUAAAGUUCAUGAGCUGUUGCAUGAGAUGGAAAAGAAGGGAGAGAGUUGUGCACCCAAUGACUUAACCUAUGGUUAUUUGUUGAAGGCUGCUAAGAAGCCUGAAGAAGUUGACGGGAUCUUGGAGAGGAUGGAAAAGAGUGGAUGUAAGCUGCAAGCAGAUACUUACAACUUGGUGUUGAGGUUAUUCAUGGAAUGGGGAGAUGAAGGAAGGUUGAAAUAUACUUGGAAUGAGAUGGAGAGGAGUGGAUUGGGACCUGAUCAACGGUCUUACACAAUCAUAAUUCAUGGGCUUUAUGAUAAAGGAAAGAUAGAGUAUGCAUUGGAGUACUUUGUGGAGAUGAUGUCGAAGGGAAUGGUGCCAGAGUCCAGGACCAAGUUAUUGGUUGAUGAAAUGAACUUCAAGUUGAAGGAAUCAGAACGGUUAGGAGCAAUGGGAUUGAAGAAUUGGCAGCAAGGCAAGAAAAAUAGAUAGCUCAUUUGCAUCCAUUUCAUAUUCCAUUCUUGAUUCAUAAAUCAACAGCAGCUGGCGCUUUGGGGAGAAAAAAGAAUAAUAUAGAGAAGAUGACCUAAUGAUUAUUUGCCAAGGAAACCAAGGGAUUCCUGAUUCGCACUUCACAUGCAGAGGGCAUGAGAUGCUGCAAUCCUUGAAUUUGCAUAUACUCUUCGAAAGCUGCUAAGAAGUCUUGGCAAGUUGAUGGAAUCUUCAAGAGAACUGAGCAGAGCAAAUGUGGAGAACUCAUAACACGAUUCGAGUUCAUGGCACGAGGUUAUCAGCCUAGGGAGUGCAUUAUUCUUCAUAACCUUGCUGUACUUUGAAAUUACCGUUACAGUUUAUAUAGCAAUCUUUCGGUUCAAUUUUGUACUUCCAAAAUUUGUAAUUCAAGUUUGAUUUUUCUCUUUA